AUGUUAUUUCACUUUUUUGAAAUAUAUGACAGCUUUCAGCGGGAUUUCGGAUCACUGGAAAAAAUGCAGGAAUCGAUGUCGGCAUCCACAAUAGCGGUGCAGGGCUCCGGAUGGGGAUGGCUGGGUUACUGCCCAAAAAGAAAAAUACUAAAGAUCACAACUUGUCCUAACCAAGAUCCUUUGGAGUCUACUACUGGAUUGAUUCCAUUGUUUGGAAUCGACGUUUGGGAACAUGCUUACUAUCUCCAGUACAAAAACGUUCGACCUGAUUACGUCAAAGCCAUCUGGAAAAUUGCCAACUGGAAAAAUGUCAGCGAAAGAUUUGCAAAAGCACAACAAAAGUAG